CGUUCCAAUAUUACCCAACUCUCCCGUUUCCAGCGGCUCCCUCCCCUUUACCUUCAAUCGCUUUUUUAUUCUCACAUGGCUCCUGCCCCGAUCCCUUCAGUUUAAGCCAAACCCUACGACGCUGGCAAUACGCUAAAGCAAUCAGGUACUGCUUUAUUUGUACUAGAUGAAUAGAAUGAAGCGGUUUCGCUGCAUGUCCAAUGUUAAUGAAACCGCUAGGGAGAUAUUCUCAUUAGGUGCACCAUUCCCUUGUCAUGUUGUGAAGAAACAUCUUUAUGGUAUUUUUGGCCCAACAAAGCCUUGCAUUCGUCAUAGUAUUGGAGCUCAAAGGUAUUUUCACCAACAACUUCCGCAACAGGAAUGUCUUGGGUAUGGUGGAAUGAGUUCCCAGGAAAGUUUGAUGUCUGGGAGAAAUUUGUUUUGGAGAUCAAACCUACCUUGCUCUUUUCGAGGAAAUCCUCUUCGGUCAAUGCAAAGUGGUUCUACAUUUUGCCAUUAUGGAGACAUUGCCAACAAUGAAACUUCUUUGAGUAGAAAGUUUCUUGCACAGCUUUGGAUUGCAGAUAGAAAAAUGCGAAAGGAUCUUGAAAAAAGAAGAAGAAAAGGUAAGCAGCUAAAUUAUGAUGAGGCACAGGAACCUUUCCAACAUCCAUCCGAAAAUAGCUUUACAGGCAGGAUAGUCACAGAAGAAGAAUCUGCUUAUCAAGCUGCACCAGUUUUAAAGCAACAACCAGUUAGUCAAUCUGUCUCAAGUUUUCUUAAGCCAACAUCACCGGAGGAGGCUCAAAUUGCACCUCUUCUUGCUAGGUCCAAUCUGCUAAUCACCAGGGAUAUUGAGUGGGCCAAUCUUGUACUAGGUUUUGAGCAGGAGAACCGAUAUGCAAUAGUGGAUGUUUGCUACCCACAGUCACCUGUUGGUUUUAUUCGUGAGCAGAGUAACGUCAUUGCUAGACAGUUGCUUCGCUUAAGGCGCCCUUUCGUUGCUUACAUUACUGAUGCAAUGGGUAAUGAGCUGUUUAGGGUUCGUAGGCCUUUUUGGUGGAUAACCAGCUCAAUUUAUGUAGAAAUUGACGGUAAGGAAAUUGGUGUGGUUCACAGACGGUGGCAUCUUUGGAGGAGGGUGUAUGAUUUGUACUUGGGGAAUAAGCAAUUUGCUGUGGUCGAAAAUCCUGGCUUAUGGAAUUGGACUUUUACUUUGAAGGACAUUGAUGGGCAAGUUUUGGCAGAAAUAGAUCGUGAUUGGAGGGGUUUUGGCUUUGAGAUAUUUACAGAUGCCGGACAGUAUGUCAUCCGCUUUGGGAAGGCUGAUCCCGUCUUGAAGACUGGUCCCGCUAGCAUGAUCCAAGAGUUGGAUGUAAGCCGUCCACUGACUCUAUCAGAGCGAGCAAUUGCUCUUGCUCUUGCUAUUUCAUUGGAUAAUGAUUACUUCUCUAGGCACGGUGGCUGGGGAAUCCCUUUUGUUGCAAUGGGGGAGUAGAUUGAUUCCUUUGUUUCUCUUUUUUCAAAGAGACCAACAGUUUGGCGUUGCAACGAUCAGACAUUUUCUGUUCCAUGGAAAUAAUGUUUAUAUGCUACUGUUGCUACUAUCAUAUACAUAUCAAUUUGGUUGGACAGAUUAAUGGAUUUUUUUGUUACAUUUAAUAAUUUGUUCCUUUUGAAAUGAAAUCUAAUGGUUGCAAAUUGUAUCACAA